AUGCCAAACAACAUAAUAACAGUACAGGUUGGUCAAUGUGGAAAUCAAUUAGGUAUGGCGUUUUGGGAACGGUUAUGCGCGGAGCAUGGAAUUUCUCCAUUAGGACAUAUUGCAAAAGAGGAUAGAAAAGGCGAAGAUUGUAAAGAUGUUUUCUUCAACGAGGCGAAUUGUGGAGCAAAGUGGGUACCACGUGCAGUUCUUGUUGAUUUAGAACCGCGUGUUUUGGGCGAAAUCUGCAACUGCGAAUUAAAUCAAUAUUCUGAUCUAUUUGAUGUUGAUAAUGUUUAUCAAGGUCCAACUGGCGGUGGCGCUGGAAACAAUUGGGCAAAAGGUUUUAAUCAAGGAGCUGAGGUCGUUGAAAGCAUUUUGCAAAUAAUUGAAACUGAGGCAGAAAAGGCAGAUAAUCUUGAAGGCUUUGCAAUAUGCCAUUCUAUACUUGGAGGCACUGGAUCUGGACUUGGCUCAAGAAUACUUCAGGAGCUUCGUGAUAGAUAUGGGAAGAAUCUAAUCCAGACUUAUUCGACUGUACAGCUUUUGACUUGUAAUGUUCAAGUUGCUCCAUACAAUAUUGUACUUUCUCUCGACUCAAUAAUGGAUCAUGCUGAUAUGUGCCUUUUGUUUGAUAAUGAUGCUUUCGAACGUCAUUGUAAAUCAGUUAAUCCAAUGCAUCGUUUAAGAAGAGAUGGAACUAAUGAGAAUUUAGCGACUUUAGCCAUUUCAGAGAAGAAAAAUUAUGCCCAAAUUAAUUCGAUGAUGAGUCAAGUAAUGGCUGGAUUGACUGCUCCAAUGAGAUUUUAUCAACCUACUUUUUCUCGUUUGAUGCAUAUUUCUGAAAUGAUUUGUCCUCUUCCACCGAUGGUUUUUGCACAGCCAGGUUUGAAAAUUGAUAGUUUUUUUGCGAAAUAA